AUAAGUUGAAAAAUAAUGCUUCUAUCUCUGCCCUGAUCGGCCACAGUUGCUUAUUUUGACGCGGACAGAUUUUGGGCGGAGUCGAGCUUCUUAGUUAUCCUCUUCCUCUCUGAGUGGAGUCCAAACUCAGUCUGAGGGAAGACAAUAAACUUUCGGAUUAACUCCCCGCACUGCCCGUCAGUUAACGAUGUCAGCCCAAAUCAUCAGUGGAAAAGAAGUUUCGGCGCAGGUUAGGGAGAGGCUGAAAAAGGAUGUGGAGCAGAUGAAGAAUUUAGACCCUGAGUUUCGACCAGGCCUUGUUGUAUUACAGGUCGGGGACAGGGAUGAUUCCAACCUUUACAUCAGCAUGAAGCUAAAGGCAGCAGCUGAGAUUGGAAUAAACGCUACACACCUGAGGCUCCCCAAAACUGCCACAGAGAAUGAGGUGCUGCGCAGCAUUACAGAGGUGAAUGAGAACUCGGCGGUCCACGGCCUCAUCGUCCAGCUGCCUCUGGACUCCAUCCACAAAAUUGAUACUGAGAAGGUGACCAAUGCCGUGGCCCCGGAGAAGGAUGUGGACGGGCUGACCAGUAUUAAUGCAGGAAAGCUGUCCCGUGGAGACCUGGGAGACUGUUUCAUCCCCUGUACUCCGAACGGCUGCAUGGAGCUCAUCAGACAGACUGGUGUGUCUGUGGCCGGGAAGAGAGCCGUGGUGAUUGGCCGCAGUAAGAUUGUGGGGGCCCCAAUGCAUGACUUGCUGCUGUGGAACCAUGCCACCGUCACCACCUGCCACUCAAGGACUGCUGACCUUGCUGCUGAGGUGGGCAGAGCAGACAUCUUGGUGGUCGGCAUUGGGAAAGCAGAGAUGGUGAAGGGAGAUUGGGUGAAGAAGGGAGCGGUGAUCAUUGACUGUGGCAUUAAUCACAUCGCAGAUGACACGCGGCCCAGUGGAAAGCGUGUUGUGGGAGAUGUGCACUUUCCCUCUGCUAAGGAACAGGCUGGCUUCAUCACACCAGUACCAGGAGGAGUGGGACCCAUGACUGUGGCCAUGCUUAUGCAAAACACAGUGCUGAGUGCCAAGCGCUUCCUGGAGUCUCACCAGCCAGGCAAAUGGAGCAUCACCUACAACAAGCUUAACCUGCUGAAGCCUGUGCCCAGUGACAUCGAGAUCUCACGUUCCUGCGUGCCCAAGCCCAUGGACCGGCUGGCCAGGGAGGUGGGGCUGAUGCUGGACGAGCUGGAGCUCUAUGGGAAGACCAAAGCCAAGGUGCAGCUGAGUGUCAUCAACCGCCUGCAGGCACAACCUGAUGGAAAAUACGUGGUGGUCACUGGAAUCACGCCGACCCCGCUGGGCGAGGGGAAGAGCACCACCACCAUAGGACUGGUCCAGGCUCUAGGGGCUCACAUGAAGCUCAACGUCUUCGCAUGUGUCCGCCAGCCCUCCCAAGGCCCCACCUUCGGAAUCAAAGGAGGUGCUGCUGGAGGUGGAUAUUCCCAAGUCAUUCCCAUGGAGGAGUUCAACCUCCACCUCACUGGAGAUAUCCACGCAAUCACAGCUGCCAACAACCUGGUGGCAGCCGCCAUCGACGCCCGCAUGUUCCAUGAAGCCACCCAAACGGACAAGGCUUUGUAUAACCGACUGGUCCCUGUUAGUGGAGGUCAGAGAACAUUUGCCCCAAUCCAGAUAAAUAGACUGAAGAGACUGGGCAUUGAGAAGACUGACCCCAUCACUCUGACUGAGGAGGAGAUCACCCGCUUUGCCCGUCUGGAUAUGGAUCCAGACUCGGUCACCUGGAAUAGAGUGUUAGACACCAAUGAUCGUUUCCUGAGGAAGAUCACCAUUGGCCAAUCGCCAACCGAGAAGGGACACAGUAGGGAGGCCCAGUUCAGCAUCACUGUGGCCAGUGAGAUCAUGGCUGUGCUGGCUCUCACCAGCAGCCUGGAGGACAUGCGCCAGCGUCUGGCCAAGAUGGUGGUGGCCACCAGCCGCAGCGGGCAGCCCAUCACCACAGAGGACUUGGGUGUUAGUGGAGCUCUGACUGUGUUAAUGAGGGAUGCCAUCAAGCCCAACCUGAUGCAGACACUGGAGGGAACCCCGGUGUUCGUCCACGCCGGACCCUUUGCCAACAUUGCCCAUGGCAACUCCUCCAUCCUGGCUGAUAAGAUAGCCCUGAAGCUAGUUGGUCCGGAGGGCUUUGUGGUGACAGAGGCUGGGUUUGGCGCCGACAUCGGCAUGGAGAAAUUCUUCAACAUUAAAUGCCGCUACUCUGGUCUGCGGCCCCAUGUGGUGGUGCUAGUGGCCACUGUCCGAGCCCUGAAGAUGCAUGGAGGAGGGCCGACGGUUACUGCAGGGAUGCCCCUGCCAAAGGAAUAUGUGGAAGAGAACCUGGAGCUUCUGGAGAAGGGCUGCAGCAACAUGAGGAAGCAGGUGGAGAACGCAAGGCACUUUGGAGUGCCCGUUGUGGUGGCCGUCAAUGCUUUCAAGACGGACACCGAAUCAGAGCUGGACCUGAUCUGCAGCCUGGCCAAGGCAGCGGGAGCCUUCGACGCGGUGCGCUGCUCUCACUGGGCUGAAGGGGGCGCUGGCGCCGUGGCUCUGGGACGGGCCGUGCAGAGGGCUUCUGAGGCCCCCAGCAACUUUAAGUUCCUCUAUGAUGUUGAGCUGCCCAUUGCGGAUAAGAUCCGGAUCAUUGCUCAGAAGAUAUAUGGGGCUGAUGACAUAGAGCUGCUCCCGGAUGCAAAACACAAGGUGGAGCUCUACACCAAACAGGGCUUUGGGAAUCUACCCAUCUGUAUGGCAAAAACCCACCUGUCCCUGUCCCACGAGGCAGAUAAGAAGGGUGUGCCCACAGGGUUUGUCCUGCCCAUCAGAGACAUCCGUGCCAGUGUUGGGGCAGGGUUUCUCUACCCUCUGGUUGGCACGAUGCCCACAAUUCCAGGGCUGCCCACAAGACCCUGUUUCCAUGACAUCGACCUGGACCCUGAGACUGAGCAGGUCAAUGGACUUUUCUGAGAGUGGGUCCAUGGGGAAGUGGGUUCUUUCUGUUUCUCUCUUGUGCUCUUUCUUUCGAUAAACAGGCAUUUUUCUGUGGUCUACACAAUGAGCCUUAAUGAAAUGUGAUUGAGUAUUAACUGGAAGUGUAACUGUCAAUGAUGUCCUGUAUUUUUCACUGAGGCACUGACAUCUGGCAGUAAUUCAAUUAGCUUUGACUGUGGUCACUGAAGUGUAAAUUAAGGAAACGUUUUUCUCUCAAGACAAAGUCUGUAUGAGAAUUCUAGCAGGGCAAAUGGCCUGUUUUUAAAAUAAUUAUAUAAUAAUUUCUGAAAAUGAACAAACAUUCCAAGGUACCACUGGAUCUAAAGUGUUGUCUCAAUACUGUAGCUACAUGGCAAGUAGAUAUUGUGUGGUGGCAGAUCAUGAAUCAGAAUUAUUUUUGUAACUACUGCCUGAGCCUACAUACACAGACCUCUUUCUGCAAUGAACUGGUCAAGGUGUCUUUUUAAUAAGAAAAAAAUGCCUUAUAAAAUCUGAAUAUUCUUGUUAAAAAAAAUAUUUACAAAUGUUAGCCUUGUUUGGUACUUUAAAUACAAUAUCUACUGUCAAAGCACUGUAUAAUAAUCAGCUCUGUACCAUUUGAGAAUGUUGCUAAAAAUCUGUUUGCCUGACUUUUAUAUCAGAAAAUAUAUUAAUGUUUUUUUUAAUGAAAAAUGCAUUGCUGUUCAUUGAAAACAUAUAUUUUUUGGUUGUUAAUAAAUACUGCUGGAGUAACAAUAACAUCUACAGACUCCAUUUUGUGCUACAUGUGCCCAACAUAGACUGAAAUGGUAUGAGUAAUAAUCCCAAUAAAAGCUUGCCAUCCAACUGGAAAA